AUUUCAACGACGGUCGACUCGAUGGAGAGAAUUGCCACAACUUCGCACUCCCAUGGAGGCUGCUACCAAGUACAAGAAGAGGCCUGGAAGGCAGAGCAAGUUGAGUUGCGUGACCGCCUCGAUCGAACACACGAUUUGGACAUGGCCACGAUCAAGUACAUUGCAGGCGUGGACAUUUCGUUCUUCCCUGGCACGGACGAUGCGUGUGCAGCUCUAGUCAUCCUUUCGUUCCCAGACCUCAAGGUUGUGUGUGAAGUGUCGUGCCACACGACCCUCACAUUGCCGUACAUCCCAACCUUUCUUGCGUUUCGCGAGAUCCCAGCGCUCUUGCCUCUUUUUGAUAUGAUUCCACGUGAGUUUUACCCCCAAGUGGUGCUCGUCGACGGCAAUGGUGAGCUGCACCCUCGAGGUUUCGGAAUUGCGUCACAUCUGGGAGUCGUGACCCAAUUGCCCACGAUUGGCGUUGCCAAAACGUUCCUCAACGUUGAUGGGUUGACAAAACGAAGUGUGCGCGCACUGGUGCAAGAGAAAAAGGCCCACACGCGUACUUCAGACGGCGGCGGUCCCCAAUCUGUUGUGGCAUUGAAGUUGCAAGGCCAGUCAUCCAAGGUACACGCAGGAUGAGCUCGUGAUUCUCCUGGGAGUACGAUCAUCCGACGUAGGUCUGGGGAAUGGCGAUGUGCUCGGAAGGCACUGAAAACCCGAUCUAUGUAUCAAUUGGCAACAUGAUCUCGUUGUCCAAGGCGGUGGACGUUGUGUUGCAAUGCUCGUUGUUUCGCGUGCCGGAACCAAUUCGCCAGGCCGAUCUACGUUCGCGAAGUAUUGUUCGGACUUGGGAAAAGCACGGCGUCGACACGUCGCUCAAAGCAUGCCGCGUCCAUCGGCAUAACGCCAACCCGUAGGCCAUGCUCGGACCGCUUCCAACCUUCGUCCGUGCACUCUGCAAAUAAUAAAUAUAUACAGGUUUCUCGAA